AUGCGCAGACAUGUACUCGUAAGUAGCGAUAGUGAUUGCUUUCGGGGGCCGAUUAUGUACGCAACUGAUGGCGGACCUCCACUUUUUUCUCGACCAACAAUGAACGUGAACACCAUGGCUGCACCCAUAGCUCUACUGUCUGUCUAUGACAAAACCAAUCUCAUCGAUCUAGCUGGGGAGCUCAACGGCGCAGGUGUUCGAUUACUUGGAUCGGGUGGAACGGCGAAAAAGAUUCGAGAGGUUGGCAUACCCAUAGAUGACGUUGCUGAUCUAACGAAAGCUCCGGAGAUGCUUGGAGGGCGAGUCAAGACAUUACAUCCUGCAGUUCACGGAGGUAUCCUCUCACGAAACCUUCCCUCGGACCAGGCAGAGCUCAAGGCCCAAGGAAUUGCUCCGAUCUCUAUUGUCGUCUGCAACCUUUACCCGUUCGAGUCCACCAUCUUCAAGCCAAAUUGUACCUUGGCCGACGCGGUAGAAGAGAUCGACAUUGGCGGUGUCACUCUACUGCGUGCAGCUGCAAAGAACCACGAGCGUGUUUCCGUGAUUUCUGACCCAGCUGAUUACAGUGAAUUUCUGGAAGCGUGGAAGACCGGGAACGGUGACGUCGGACAGGCAUUGCGAAACAAGUUGGCUUUGAAGGCUUUUGAGAUGACAGCCAAGUACGAUGCAGCUAUCAGUAGUUAUUUUCGGGAACAGUACGCGUCAGGAGACCUACCCGCAGAAAAAUCGGUCGGUUCUGUUCAGAGGAUACCACUUCGCUAUGGGGCUAACCCACAUCAAAAACCUGCGCAAGCAUUUGUCACAGAACGGGAACUCCCAUUCAAAGCCUUGUGUGGAUCUCCAGGAUAUAUUAAUUUGCUGGAUGCAUUGAAUUCUUACGCUUUGGUGAAGGAGCUCCGGGAGGCGCUUAAUCUUCCUGCUGCUGCAUCUUUCAAACACGUUUCCCCGGCUGGUGCCGCUGUCGGUAUUGAGCUCAAUGAAACCGAGAAGAAAGUAUAUGGAGUUGACGACCUCAAGGACUCGCUCACUCCCCUUGCUUGCGCCUACGCUCGUGCCCGAGGUGCGGACCGCAUGUCCUCAUUCGGAGACUUUAUCGCGUUGUCCGACCCUUGUGAUCUUGUGACGGCUCGUAUCAUCUCGCGGGAGGUUUCAGACGGUAUCAUCGCGCCUGGCUACUCCUCUGAAGCGUUGGACGUUCUUUCCAAAAAGAAGGGCGGCAAGUACUGUGUUCUCCAGAUCGAUCCUUCUUAUGAACCAGCUGAUAUUGAGACCAAACAAGUAUACGGAAUUCACCUACAACAAAGACGCAAUAAUGCCAAGAUCGAUGCGAAGCUGUUCGAAAACAUUGUUUCGAAGCAAAAACACCUUGCAGCAUCUGCUCUGACGGAUCUUAUUCUCGCCACCCUUUCCCUGAAAUAUACACAGUCCAACAGUGUGGCCUAUGCCUUAAAUGGCGCAAUUAUUGGCUUGGGCGCUGGUCAGCAGUCACGGAUUCACUGCACCCGACUUGCUGGUGGUAAAGCAGACAUCUGGUGGCUGCGCCACCAUCCUAGGGUACUCGCGCUGCCGUUCAAAAAGGGAGUCAAACGGGCCGAGAAAGCAAACGCAAUCGAUCUGUUCGUAGGUGGAGAGACUUUAGAAGGUGGAGAGAAGGAUCAGUGGGAGAGCCUGUUCGAGGGGAAAGUCGAGGCACUCACGGAAGCGGAAAGAAAGGAAUGGGUUACAAAACUCGAUAACGUCGCAUGUUCCAGCGACGCGUUCUUCCCAUUCCCCGAUAACGUCCAUCGCGCACGGAAGAGUGGUGUUAAGUAUCUGGCUGCGCCGAGCGGAAGUGUUAUGGAUGCAGAAUGCAUCAAUGCAGCGGACGAACAUGGUAUCGUGUUCGCCCACACAUCUCUACGUCUAUUUCACCAUUGA